AUGGCAAAACAAAAGCAAACCACAAAAUCGUCCAAGCGAUAUAGAUAUUCCUCCUUCAAGGCCAGGAUCGAUGACUUGAAGAUUGAACCAGCUAGAAACUUGGAAAAAAGAGUUCAUGAUUAUGUUGAAUCAUCACAUUUUCUUGCUUCUUUUGAUCAGUGGAAGGAAAUCAAUUUAAGUGCUAAAUUUACGGAAUUUACAGGGGAAAUAGAACGUGAUGUUCAAACAUUACCCCAAAUAUUAUACCACGAUGAGAAAAUUUUUAACUCUUUAGUUUCAUUUAUCGAUAUGCAUGACGAGUUUUCUUUGCAGCCGCUAUUGGACCUCCUAGCUCAAUUCUGUCACGAUUUAGGUCCUGAUUUUUUGAAAUUUUAUGAGAAAGCUAUCGAAACUCUAAUAAAUCUGUUAGAUGCCGCUAUAGAAUUUGAGUCGUCGAAUGUUUUUGAAUGGGGUUUUAAUUGUUUGGCUUACAUUUUCAAGUACCUUUCGAAAUUUUUAGUUAAGAAAUUAGUAUUAACUUGUGACCUUUUGAUUCCAUUAUUAUCUCAUACUAAAGAGUACCUUUCAAGAUUUUCAGCAGAAGCAUUAUCCUUUCUAGUGAGAAAGGCCCCUGUCCCCAACUUGAGUGAGUUUGUUAGAUCUGUUUUUGGGAAAUUAGAAGGAGAUAAUGAACAAACUAAUAUUUACGAAGGUCUUUUGAUAUUAUUCACUGAAUCCAUGACAUCUACUCAAGAAACGCUACACUCUAAGGCCAAGGUAAUCAUGGGUGUUUUGCUACAGGAAGGUUUGGCGAAAUCAUCUACAGAAAGAUCUAUUUCAUUACUGUCGGAUAUUUGGAUGAACAUUAGUAAAUAUGCUUCCAUUGAAAGUCUGCUUCCAGUCUAUGAUGUCAUGUUUGAGAAGUUCAACUACUCGCUUGAUACCACUAAUAUCGACAGAAUAGUAAAAGUAUUGGCAACGAUCAUUUUUUCUGAAAGUGGUAGAAAAAUUCCCGAUUGGAACAGCGUCACUAGCUUAAUUGAAAAAUUAAUGAAUGAUGAAAACAGUUCUUCGCUCUCACCUGAUAACGUAGCGUUCCUGUUUGCCGUGUUUCUCCGUAAUAGUGAUGUUAAAACUCUAACUCAAUUUCACCAAAAAUUGUUCAAUUACGCUUUGACAAAUAUCGCUGACCAUUUUCUCGAAUUCUUUAAAUCUGCAUUAAAACUAAACUAUGAAAGAGUGCUUUCAUUUAAUGGUUUGAAAUUUUUGCAGCUAUUUUUAAAGUCAAACUGGGAAUCACAAGGAAAGAAAAUCGCACUGUUCUUUUUAGAAAUAGAUGAAAAGCCUGAACUUCAAAAAAUAAUGAGCGUUACUUUCCCAGAAGAGCUCAUUUCAUCCAUCAGAGAUUAUUUCGUCACCGUAGAAGAAAUUAAAGACUCAAAUGAUCUUUUUGAAAUAUAUUGGAGAGCCAUCAUUUUCAAAUUCUCAAAAUUACAAGAUUCAGCUGUUAUCACCUCUUUACUUGCACGUAUUUUUUCAGCAUUUCCAACCCCAGACAACUUCACCAAAGAUACAGUUGGUGCCCUAUUGAGAGUGUAUUCCAAGGGAGACGAAGCUCUAGGACAAAACUUAUUAAAAAAUAUUUUGGAGAAUUACGAAAACUAUAAGGACAGUUUAGGCUUUGUGAGCGGAUGGAAUCAGUUAUUAAGUAAUCUCGACCCUUCAAAAAGCGUAACAGACCUACCCCCACAGUAUCCAGAGCUACUGUUAAACCUAACAGACAAUCUGGUCUUACCCGAUGGGAAAAUCCGUUACGAAACUUUCGAAUUGAUGAAAACAUUAAUGGUUUUACAGGAUAUACCAGUACCUGAUCUUCUUUCUUCAUGUAUGAUUAUCGAGCAAAUACCUCUUACGUUACAAAACGCCAGGGAUUUGACAAUCAGAAUUAAGAAUGUUGGUGUUGAGUUUGGAAAGACUAAGGUAGAUAAACUAACGUCCUCCUUUUUUCUUAAGUACUUGUUCGGUCUUUUAACUGUUAGGUUUUCUCCUGCUUGGACCGGUGUUUUUGAUACCCUCCCUAAUGUUUACACAAAAGACCAGGCUCUCGUUUGGAGCCUUGUUUUAUCGUUUAUCAAAUGUCCUGAAGAAAAUAGAAAGUUGGACUACUACGAGCCUCUACUUGAAGACGGCCCAGACGCAAUUUUGUGGGACUCUAGUGUAGUAAGAUUAAGAGAUACUAUUGAUUCGUUCUCGCAAGCUUGGUACAAAUAUUCUACCCAGAAUACAAGCAUCAUAAGUACGACUAUUGAAAGACGGGGGAAUAUCGUUUACCCAGCCUUAAUCAGAAAUCAAGCUCUUAAAGUUAUGCUAUCCAUUCCCCAAGUUGCUGAAGCGCACUUUGCUGAUAUCGCACCUUUUGUUUUCACUGAUUUCAAGACCUAUAAGGAUGAAGAAGACAUGGAAGAUGGUACUGAACGUGUUAUUACUGGCGCAUGGAUGGAAGCGGAUAGGAACUUGUUUUUAAAAAGUUUAAGCAAAUUCAAAAACAUAAAGAAUGUUCACAACGCAACCGAGUUACACGACCAUUUGAUGGUGCUACUAGGCAGUCGUAAUACGGAUGUUCAGAAGCUUGCAUUAGACGCUCUCCUCGCUUACAAGAAUCCGACUUUAAAUAAGUACAGGGACAAUCUAAGGAAUUUGUUAGAUGAUACUCUAUUUAAAGACGAAAUCACAACGUUUCUAACAGAGAAUGGAUCUCAAACUAUCAAGGGCGAUGAUGAGAAGGUAGUCAUGCCUUAUAUUCUUAGGAUUUUCUUUGGUCGAGCGCAAGUUCCUCCUACCAGCGGACAGAAACGAAGCCGUAAAAUUGCCGUAAUUUCUGUUUUGCCAAACUUCAAAGAAGUUUAUAUCAAUGACUUUUUAACUUUGGCUAGUGAAAGGUUGGAUUGUAACUACUUUUUCAACAACAAUCAUCAAAUAGAUAGCUCGAAGGCCAUUUUAAAAACUAUUAGACGCAUGACUGGUUUUAUUAACAUUUUGAAUUCUGCACUAUCUGUUUUGAGAACGAAUUUCCCAUUACAUACUACAUCAGUGUUACAGCCAUUAAUCUACUCGAUUUCUAUGGCAUAUUACGUUUUGGAGACUGAGAGCGCAACAGAGGUACAUUUAAGAAAAAUGGCAGCAAAUUUAAGGCAGCAAGGUCUAAAAUGUUUAAGCAAUAUCUUCGAAUUUGUUGGUACUACGUUUAAUUGGCCUGUAGCUAUGGACAGUAUUUUUGCUGUUGUUGUUAAACCACGUAUUCCACAUUUUUCCGAUGAGAAUUUACAACAACCUUCUUCUUUGCUACGAAUUUUCCUUUAUUGGGCAAAUAAUCCCUCCUUGUACCCAUUUUUGUACUACGAUGAAUUUGCAGCUGCUACAGCAUUGAUGGACACCAUCUCAAACGAACACGUCAAGGAGACUGUCAUUAGCCCCAUUCUCGAAGCAGCGGAUGCAAUUAUUAGGGCACCAGUAAAUGACGAUCGUUACGUGGAUUUGGUAACUCUGAUUUGCUCAUCUUGUCUGAAAAUACUUCCUUCGUUAUACACUAAACUUUCUGACUCCAACUCAAUUUCUAUAUUCCUGGACUUACUAAUCAGUAUUAUUGAGUCGGACUUCAUUCAAGAUGAUGAUGUUAGAAGUCAUUUAAUUAGCUCAUUAACAUCCAUACUGAAAGGAAAGCUAAGAAAAUUGCACGAAAACGAUACACAGAAAAUUCUGAAGAUAUUAAAACUUUUAGUGUAUAACUACGAUUGUUGUUGGAAUGAUAUCGAAGAGCUCUAUAGCACCAUAUCCUCUUUGUUCAAAACUUUCGAUGAGCGGAACCUGAGAGUUUCAUUGGCAGAGCUCUUCGUGGAACUUGGCAGAAAAGUGCCAGAAUUAGGGAAUAUUUCGAAGUUAGUUGCCGAACUAAAUUCGUAUUCUUCAUCUCGUUUGCAUGAGUAUGAUUUCCCUAGGAUUUUAUCCUCCUUCAAAACGCUUAUUGAAGGUGGCUAUAAAUCUUAUAGUGAGAUGGAGUGGUUGCCUCUUUUGUUUACCUGUUUAUAUUUUAUCAACGAUAAGGAAGAGCUUGCGCUGAGAACAAACGCAUCGCACACUAUGAUGAGAUUUGUUGAUUUCAUUAAUGAGAAGCCUGAUUCUGAUGAAGCCAAAAAAUCAGUUUCUAUGUUAAAAGAUAUCCUUUUACCCAGCAUAAGGGCUGGUUUAAGACAACCUGUUGAAGAAGUUCAGAGUGAAUACAUAUCAGUUCUAUCAUAUAUGGUAAGAAAUGCCAAAUAUUUCACAGACUUCGAAGAUAUGACCGUUUUGCUUUAUAAUGGUGAUGAAGAAGCGGAUUUCUUUACAAACAUCAAUCAUGUUCAAUUACAUCGUCGUCAAAGAGCCAUCAAAAGGUUAGGAGAACAUGCGUGCCAACUCAAAGAUAACAGUAUAUCCCACUAUUUAAUUCCAAUGAUUGAACAUUAUGUAUUUUCAGAUGACGAAAGGUAUAGAAACAUUGGGAAUGAAACACAACUAGCAAUUGGAGAUUUGGCACAACACAUGAGCUGGAACCAGUACAAAGCUCUUCUUAGAAGAUACAUUUCUAUGCUGAAGAGCAAACCCGACCAAAUGAAGCAAGCUGUACUAUUAAUUGUUCAACUUUCAGUUCCGUUAAGGGAAACUCUUCGUACUGUAAAAGGUGAGGCUGAGUCAAAGUUUGCUUUGAGCAAAUUUCCUUCUAACUUGGAGGAGCCCACUAAUUUUAUUACGCAAGAAUUGUACCCUACUCUUUCAAAGAUUUUAGGAACAAGAGACGAUGAAACCAUUAUUGAAAGGAUGCCUAUUGCUGAGGCCCUGGUCAAUACUGUAUUGGGGCUUUCAAAUGAUGACAUUCUCAAUUAUCUUCCAAGCAUUUUAACAAAUAUUUGCCAAGUUCUAAGAAGUAAAUCCGAAGAAUUAAGGGACGCUGUGAGAACUACCCUGGGUAAAAUCAGUAUUAUUCUGGGUGCGGAGUAUCUUGUUUUUAUGAUAAAGGAGUUAAUGGCCACGCUAAAACGUGGUUCUCAAAUUCACGUAUUGAGUUACACUGUCCACUACAUAUUAAAGAGUUUGCAAGGAGUUUUAAAACAUUCUGACCUGGAUCCAUCUUCCAGCAUGGUUGUUAAGAUCAUCAUGGAGAAUAUUUUUGGUUUCGCUGGUGAAGAAAAAGAUUCUGAGAAUUACCACACAAAAGUGAAAGAAAUUAAGAGUAAUAAAAGUUACGAUGCCGGUGAAAUUCUAGCUGCAAAUAUCAGCCUGUCAGAGUUUGGUACAUUACUUUCCCCUGUGAAGGCUUUAUUGAUGGUCAGAAUUAAUUUGAGAAAUCAAAAUAAACUGAGCGAGUUAUUGAGACGAUACUUGCUGGGUUUGAAUCAUAACAGUGAUGCAGAGUCAGAAGAUAUUCUCAAGUUCUGUCACCAACUUUUCCAGCAGUCAGAGGUGAGUGAAUCUAUACAGAAACCGAAGAGGAAAGUAAGAGCAGAAGUGGACGAAAAAGAGGAAUUUUUCUUAGUGAAUUUGAACGCGAAGUCAUAUACCAUCAAUUCACACAAUUCUCUCUUAGGUAGCACUUUACAAAAAUUUGCUUUAGAUUUGCUAAGAAGCGUACUAGCAAGACAUCGCUCCUUUUUGACCGUGUCCCACUUAGAGGCCUUUAUCCCAUUUUUGAGAGAUUCGUUACUUUCAGAAAAUGAAGGUGUGGUAAUUAGCACCUUGCGUAUUUUGGUCACAUUAAUCAAAUUGGAAUUUUCUGAUGAGUCUAGCGAAAUCUUCAAGAACUGCGCCAGAAAGGUAUUAAACAUUAUUCAGGUUUCUCCGUCCACUUCAAGUGAAUUAUGCCAAAUGGGUUUGAAAUUCCUUUCUGCUUUCAUACGUCACACUGAUGCAACAUUGAAGGAUACUGCCUUGAGUUACGUUUUAGGAAGAGUCUUGCCAGAUUUGAACGAACCAAGCAGACAAGGUCUUGCCUUCAAUUUCCUUAAAGCACUUGUUUCAAAGCACAUUAUGCUACCAGAACUUUAUGAUAUCAUGGAUACCACAAGAGAAAUCAUGGUCACGAAUCAUUCAAAAGAAAUUAGGGAUGUUUCUAGAAGUGUCUACUAUCAAUUUUUGAUGGAAUACGAUCAAAGCAAGGGCCGUUUAGAAAAGCAGUUUAAGUUCAUGGUGGACAAUUUACAAUAUCCUACAGAAUCCGGUCGUCAAUCGGUAAUGGAGUUGAUUAAUUUGAUUAUCACAAAAGCAAAUCCUGCUUUGUUGUCAAGACUAUCAUCUUCGUUUUUUUUGGCAUUAGUCAACGUCUCCUUCAACGAUGAUGCGCCAAGAUGUCGUGAAAUGGCUUCAGUUCUACUUUCUACAAUGCUUCCAAAACUUGAAAAUAAAGACUUAGAAAUCGUUGAAAAAUACGUAACAGCCUGGUUAAAGCAAGCAGAGAAUGCGUCGUUCUUGAACCUCGGGCUAAGGGUUUAUAAGAUUUAUUUGAAAAGUGUUGGAUUUGAGCAUAAUGCUGACCUAGACGAAUUUGCUAUUAAGCGUAUAAGAUAUGUGCUAACCGAUACAUCUGUAGGAUCAAAACAUGAAUGGGACUUGGUGUACUCAAGUCUGAACACAUUCUCGUCCUAUAUAGAAGCGACAGAGGGCGUGUACAAGCAAGAUUUCAAAGACAUAUGGGAUGGUGUCAUCACAUGUUUGUUGUAUCCACACUCUUGGGUCCGUCAAUCUGCGGCAAACCUCGUUCACUUGUUAAUAAACAAUAAAGAUAAGCUGGAGGUACCAUUGACCGAUUUGGAAAUUCAAAUUAUCGGCACAAGAAUUCUUCAUCAACUAGGUGCACCUUCUAUCCCAGAGAACCUUGCUAAUAUUUCAAUGAAAACGUUGGUUAAUAUUUGUACCCUAUGGAAAGAUGGCCACACGCCAUUCGUUAUGGAUGCUUCGAAGGAAAAUGAAGGAGAGCCCAGGUACGCUACCGCGAUUGAUUUUAUGAUCACUCGAAUCGGUGGUAUUAUUAGAUCAGAUGAGCACCGUAUGGAUUCGUUUAUGUCUAAGAAGGCAUGCAUUCAACUACUGGCCUUAUUCGUUCAAGUCCUAGACGAAAAGGAAGUAAUCGAUGAAGGUGAAAAGAUAUUAUUACCUUUAUAUGGUUACUUAGAGACUUACUAUUCAAGGGCAGUUGAUGAAGAGCAAGAAGAACUACGCACUCUUGCCAACGAAUGUUUACAAAUUUUAGAAACUAAACUACCAGUUUUUGAGUUCACAAGAAUAUACACUGCUGUCAAAAAGACAGUAUUAGAAAGAAGAAAGGAAAGAAGAUCCAAGAGGGCGAUUUUAGCUGUUAACGCUCCACAAAUUUCCGCUGAUAAAAAGUUAAGAAAACAUGCAAGAUCCAGAGAAAAGAGAAAACAUGAAAAGGAUGAAAACGGAUUUUACCAAAGACGUAACAAGAGGAAGAGGGCAUAA